AUGGAAAUGGGGAGUGACAUGGUAGAAAUGGACAGCGAUCUGGCGUUGGACAGCGAAAUGCUGGAAAUGAACAACGACAUUGGGGAAAUGGACAGUGAAAUGAUGGCUUACUACCGGAAAACAAUUCAUCAUCGCCAACAACUGGACACAAGCGUGAAAAAUCAGCUGUUUGGCCAGAGCAGUUUUGAUCUGUGUAAAUUGGAAAACCUUCUGCAAGUAAAGUUCGACGAAUUCUGCAGUGUUUACGCGCCCAACCUUUGGCCUUGCAUUCCACUGAAAUUGCCACCAGUAGUGUCUGAGUGA